AUGCCCGGCGAGGAACAGGUCCCGCUCCAGCUCGUGGACGAAGAUGGCUCCGGUCUCGGAGGAGACACGGUGGUCAGGGAGGACAUGGUGGUCAGGGAGGCGACGGGCGGCGGGGGUCUCCGGAGCGCGUCCCCCCACCGUAACGCCUACGAGGCCACCAUCCAGGCCCUGGCACCUACAAAGGAGGCCGAUGGCGAAGACGGCAAGAAAAGCCGGGGUAAGAAGUAUGGAUCCAACGUUCACCGUAUCAAGAACAUGUUCCUGCAGAUGGGGACGGCGCCCGGCCCCGAAGGCGCCUGCGACCUGGCCAAGGCCAAGGAGAAGCCCGUCCGCCUCUCCUUGCCCCGGGCCGGCAGCCUCAGCGAGAGCAUGGACCAGGGCAACCUCCUCAAGCUGGGCACCAGCGUUUCGGAGAGGGUCAGCCGCUUCGACUCCAAACCCGACAAACCCUUCUCCAAGCUGCAGGAGACCCGUAAGAUCUUCGAGAGGAGCCCGCAGGAGAAGGCCACCACCACCAAGCUCUUGCUACGUAAGGAACGAGCCGGUUUCCAGGACCGUAAGCUGGACGUGGUGGUGAGGUUCAACGGCAGCACCGAGUCCUUGGACAAGCUGGACACCGAAGCCGUCUCGCCCACCGUCAGCCAACUCAGCGCCGUCUUCGAGAAGGCUGACCUCCGUAACAACCUCCACAAGGCGCCGGGACGAGCGGGAGGACCGCUCAACGCCAAGGUGGUGGGCAAGCGACCUCGGGUCUUCUUGCCGGGCCCCGAGGCCGGACGGUCGGGUGAUGGCCACGCCGCCCCGGCACGGGCCAGGCCGCCGGAGGAGGAGAAGGCAGCGGGGAAGAGCGGCCGGCCGGUGGAGAAGGAGACGGCCACCCCACGGGUGCAGGAGGUCUGCAAGAUCAAGCCGGUGGAGGUGGAGGAGAGCGGCGAGGCUGAGGAGGAGGAGGAGGAAGCGACGGCAGCGGGCGAACCGGUGCCCGCGCCCCAGCCGGCCAAGGGGGCUGAGGGUCCGGCGCCCACCGCCCCCCGGCUGGAAGGGGGCUCGGGGGCGGCCACGGGCGAGGAGGGCGUCAAGGGCGAGCGGGCAGAGGAGGGCGAUGCCUACGAGGAGGCCAAGAAGGAGGACUUCUCCGAGGCGGACCUGGUGGACAUAAGUGCCUACAGCGGGCUCGGGGAGGACUCGGGGGGCAGCGGGCUGGAGGAGGAGGAGGAGGCCGAAGGGCUGUACGAGCCCGAGUCGGGUUGCGUGGAGAUCCCCGGGUUGUCCGAGGAAGAGGAGCCUGUCCCCAACCGCAAGAUCCAGUUCAGCACGGCUCCCAUCCAGGUCUUCAGCACUUACUCCAACGAAGACUAUGACCGCCGCAAUGAAGAUGUCGACCCCAUGGCCGCGUCGGCCGAGUACGAGCUGGAGAAAAGGGUGGAGCGGCUCGACCUCUUCCCUGUGGAGCUGGAGAAAGACUCUGAAGGGCUGGGCAUCAGCAUCAUCGGCAUGGGCGCAGGGGCCGACAUGGGCCUGGAGAAGCUGGGUAUCUUUGUCAAGACAGUGACGGAGGGUGGAGCGGCCCACCGGGACGGCAGGAUCCAGGUGAACGAUCUCAUCGUGGAGGUGGAUGGCACCAGCCUGGUGGGGGUGACGCAGAGCUUCGCUGCCUCCGUCCUCAGGAACACCAAGGGCCGCGUCCGGUUCCUCAUCGGGCGGGAGAAGCCGGGGGAGCAGAGCGAGGUGGCACAGUUGAUCCAGCAGACGCUGGAGCAGGAGCGGUGGCAGCGGGAAAUGAUCGAGCAGCGCUACACCCAGUACACCGAGGAUGAUGAGGAGACGGGUGAGUAUGCCACGGAUGAGGAGGAGGAGAUGAGCCCCAUGUUCCCCAGCGGUGAGAUGGCCAUCGAGGUGUUUGAGCUAGCCGAGAACGAGGACACUCUCUCACCCGUGGAGAUGGACCCCGAAAAGCUGGUGCACAAGUUCAAGGAGCUCCAGAUCAAGCACGCCGUCACCGAGGCCGAGAUCCAGCAGCUGAAGAGGAAGCUGCAGUGCCUGGAGCAGGAGAAGGCGCGCUGGCGGGCCGAGAAGGCCCAGCUGGAGCAGAGUGUGGAGGAGAACAAGGAGCGGAUGGAGAAGCUGGAGGGGUACUGGAUGGAGGCGCAGAACCUCUGCCAGGCCGUGGAUGAGCAUCUCAAGGAGACUCAGGCCCAGUACCAGACCCUGGAGCGCAAGUACAGCAAGGCCAAGAGGCUCAUCAAGGAGUACCAGCAAAAGGAGAUCGAGUUCCUGAAGAAGGAGACGGCGCAGCGGCGGGUGCUGGAGGAGUCGGAGCUGGCGCACAAGGAGGAGAUGGAGAAGCUGCAGGAGAAGGAUGGAUCGCAGCAGAUCUGCUCGGGCGCCAGCUCGCGCCAGCCGCUGGAUCCCACGUUGGGUGGUAGCGGAGCCGCGUAG